GGGAAUAUCGGGUGGCGGGAGUGGCUGAGGGGCGGUAAUGGGGGCAUAGAUAUAAUUAGAUGUUGUAAAGACGGGAUAGGACGUGGGAGCGCUUUUGGGAGGCUUGGGAAGCGACGAUGGUGGAGUAGAUUUUGACUCCGGUGAGAUGGGCAAGUUUAUGAAACCUGGGAAGGUGGUUCUUGUACUGGCUGGGCGUUACUCUGGCCGCAAAGCUGUUAUUGUUAAGAACAUUGAUGAUGGCACCUCGGAUCGCCCAUAUAGCCACGCCCUGGUAGCCGGCAUUGAUCGCUACCCGCGCAAAGUGACCGCCAGCAUGGGCAAGAAGAAGAUUGCCAAGCGGUCCAAGAUCAAGUCCUUUGUGAAAGUGUAUAAUUACAACCACUUGAUGCCAACCAGGUACUCUGUUGAUAUUCCCCUGGACAAAACCAUUGUCAACAAGGAUGUAUUCAGGGACCCUGCGCUGAAACGUAAAGCACGGCGAGAGGCCAAAGUGAAAUUUGAGGAGAGGUACAAGACAGGCAAGAACAAGUGGUUUUUCCAGAAGCUCAGAUUCUGAAUCUCAUGUAGCUGUACCAAUAAAUCUUUUUGAAAAACCUA